AUGGGGUCCAGGAGGCAUACGAGAAAGGAGGCAAAAUUAUGGAGGAAAAGUUCGUCUACCCUAUCUGAAGUACUGACUCGCGAGGCGAAGAAGAAACGUGCCGCGAAAAAUUCUGGAAUUCAUAGGAAGUAUCGACUAUCCCCCGAAUUAGCCAAAUUAAUAGGUAGUAAUGAACCCGAAACACGCUACAACGUAGUUAAGCUAAUCUGGAAACAAAUUAAGGAAAGAAAUCUCCAAGAUCCCGAAAAUCCUGCUUAUAUUGAUUGUGAUGAAGAGUUUGAAGAAGUGACCGGGUUGGUGCGUCUGAAAGGUUUUACAAUUAUAAAGUACCUCAACCACCACUUUUUAGAAUAG